AUGAUUCACGACAUCGGUACUCCGAGCUUUUUGGAAAUAGGACCUCACCCAGCUCUCGCUGGUUAUCUGGUCACUCUCGGGGGCGAGACAGCCACCGUCGUCUGUCCUCUGCGGAGACCUAAGGGCAAUCAAGGGGAAGUGGUUUCUUUUCUCGAAGCAUUGGGGAAGCUGGCGGUUGCUGGACAUUGCUGCAUCGACUUCAAUGUUCUCAAUGGAUGCACCGCAGCAGACGUCCCAAAACUACCCGCCUACCCCUUUUCCCACAAGAAGCUCUUCCUGUACCCAAAUUCUUCUUCCAGGCAGAGAAUUCGUCAGCCUCGCAACGGGCCGUUGAAUUACUCUCCGCUUCGUAUCAACUCGCAGACGUACCCUUACCUGGCUCAACAUGUGAUCCAAGGCGAGCCCAUCAUGCCUACCACAGGUUUUAUUGAAAUGGUAGGCAAUCACUCGCGCAAUCUCAGAGUAGUACACUAA